GGGCGCGUUCCUCGUGUUCUGGUUCCAACGUCUCCAGCUGCGGGUCUUUAGCCUAGUGAUCUACUCCGCAGUUACAUGGGGGGGUGUGGCCGGCCUUGCUAUCCCUGUCAACGUGACCGAGACCCUUCACGCGCACCUGCUGCUGCCUCUGCACACACUCAUACAGAAACUCGUCGAACAUGUUCAAACCUCACUGCUGCCACCACCAUGGAGUCGGCACAUCUUAUCCAGGCUCAUGAUCACGCCCGCACUGCCGCGACCGCGACUAGCACCAACAGCGUCGCGACCGCGGGGCAGGAGCAUGACCUUGCCGCGACCGCCUUCCACAAUGCCCAACAAGAUACCCACGAUGCCGAGGCCCGCCGCAUCCUCAGUCUCCUCGAAGACCACCAUCGCAAGCUCGCCGGCCUGAUCAAAGAGGCGCCGCGCAAGGAGAAGAAGACAGCAGAUGCCAGCAAACACCCUUCCGAGUCCUCCACCCUCUCCCCUUUAGCGAAUGCCUCGUCAUCACGAGUAUCCGCAUCCAAGGCAUCUUCUCCGACUCCUCCAACAUCUCGCCGCAGACUCCCCCAGUCCUCGAUAGCCACCAAUCUCGCCGAAAAGCGCGGCAUACCCAGCGCAAAGAGAGCCGCCAGUGGCGCCUCGCCCAACGUACCAGGCGCUGCAGCUGGUCGGAAUGAGCAACCGUCUACGCCGGUACGGGAUCUCUUGGCCCAACAGUCGCGCAAGACAGAAGUGAGCGCUGGCAGAGACGCGGCCAAGCAGCUGAAAGAUGCCUCGCCACGCCCUGCAUCACCGCCCGCCGAAGACAACUUCAGCCGCUUCUAUUCGGCUUUUGGGGGCGUCAUAUCCGCAAUCAGCGCCCCACUGGCUUUCACCUCCCUUCCACUCAACCCAUCUGCACCGACGCCGGUGUCUGAGACGCCCAGGGAAGAGACGUCAUCCAAGACCAAGUCACGACCACACUCUCCAGAAGCUUCCAGGACCGUCAAAUCCUCAGUUCCCGACCUCGCUGCCCUGAUAAGCAAGCCUGCACUGCGCGCUCUGCGAGAGGAUGGCGCGCCAGGACCUAACGAAAGCUUCUACUUGGUGCCAACAUCAAGUGGCGGGGUUACAUACGCCAGUGUCCUUCGCGAUCCGAAUGCAACGAAUGUGUCACCCAACACACAGCUUAACGCGAUCGACGAGGGCUCCGGCUCGUUGCGAGGGAGUUCACAUGAAGAAUUUGUCGAUGCGCGAGAGAACGUAGGCCCGCCGUCACCCACCAAAGCACGUCGUCCUCCUUCUCGCGGAAACUCAAGCACCGCCGUAACACCCCAACGCUCCAUACCAGCCGGCAGAGGCUCAGGUCUCAAGACCAUGGAAGAGCUGGCUCUAGAGAACGAUACCCUCAAGACCGUCAUCGACAAACAAGCCAAACGCAUCCAGAUGUGGGAACUCAACUCCCAAAACUCUUUCAACGCCCUCGCACAGUCGUUCCGUGCUCGAGGCCCCGGACGAGGCUCCAGCGACCCUAAUGCACUCGCUCAAGCCCUCGCUGCUCAAGGCAUCAACCACCUCCCAGCUCUUCCUUCCCCUCCUAUACCAGGCCAGACACAACAACAACGACAACUCACUUCUCCCGGUCAAGCCCCGACUUCAGCUCCCGACGCUGACGCCGCAAAACGCAUCGCAGAUCUCGAAGCCAUGCUUGCUUCUCAAAACGCCAAAGUCAACGACUUGAUGAGCAACAAUGAGAAGCUGGCCAAGCAAAAUGAGAGGAACACACAGGUCUUGAGUCGAUACAGAGAGCAGUGGGAGAAGCUCAAAGCUGGUGCGAGGAAGAAGGAACAGGAAAGACGAGAGAGAAAGGUCGGCGAUGUUAGGGUUGGGGAGUCGACCAAAGACAGCGAGGUUGUUGAAGCGCAAGGGGAGGGUGAAGAAGAGCUGGACGAGGAACCUGGGUUUGGAAAGGCUUGAACGAGAGAGGGCGAUAUGGACAUGAUCAAGUGCUGAGUAGAGAUGGAAAGAUACCCCAUGUUAUUCACCCAAACAAGGGUACAACAUACAUGCAACAAUCCAUUAUUUCUUACAUCGCAACUGGAAGAUACUCGGAUUGGGAUGAGCACAACUAAAGCAUGUUUCAACACUGUUUGUAUUACUACUGAAAUGUCCAAAGCGCUGUCAAAGCUCGCCUUCCUAACCAAAAGUCAUCUUUGACAAUUUAUCAUCCGUGUCCCGUAACGCCGCCAAAUCCAUUCCGCUGAUGUUCCCAAUAUACACAACCGAACCCAACCGAUCUAAGCA